UCUUUUUUUUUUUUUUUUUUUUUUUUUUCUUGCGAGGAGUUUAUAUCGUAUAAUAUUACAGCCGCAAUUAUCUACUUCCCUCCCCAACUUUUUACUGAUCUUUAUCCACUUCUUGUGGUUAUUUAAAGUGUAAGCUUUUCAUGUUUUCAUGCGUCUUCUUUGCUUUUUGAUGUUUCUUCUGGUUUUUGUGGAGGCUUCUACUUCACCAUGCAAAUCGUUUCCAAGUUUUGAAGGCCAUUUUGUAGUCAAGUUUGUCUGUUUAGCGUACCGCAGUUAUGUUUUUGAUUAAAAGUUUGUAACCGAUUCUGUCUGCGCAUACCUAUGGGCCAUAUUUAUUGGUCUUAUUCAUGGAGCUGUGAAUUUGCAGCAGAGUGGUUAUGAAAUCUCUUUGUUUACUUGUUUCGUUUGUUGAAUUUGUUGAUAGAGUAUGAGCUAUUCAUCAACUCAAUUUGCCACCUCAAGACAAAUGGGGAUAUACGAGCCAUUCCGCCAAAUUGGUGUGUGGAAAGAAACCUUCAGAGGUGAUCACACCUCUAACACAGCUGCUUCCACAAUUCUAGAAGAGGAUUCUGGUAUCGAAAACAAGAUUGGAUUUGUUUCUCAUGAACCCAUGCUGCCUUCCGGAAACGGAAAUGAUCACGAACCGAGCAGAUCUGCUGAUAAGGUGCAGCGACGGUUAGAACAAAAUCGUGAAGCUGCACGAAAGAGUCGUAUGCGAAAAAAGGCUUAUGUUCAACAACUCGAAACAAGCCGCUUAAAAUUGGCACAGCUGGAACUGGAAAUUGACAGAGUUAGAAAACGGGGUGCCUAUGCAAGCAGUUCAUUAGGUACUAGCCAUAUGGGAUACAAUGGAGCUUUGAAUUCAGAGAUCACUACAUUUGAGAUGGAAUAUGUACACUGGGUUGAAGAACAACACAGACAAAUUGUUGAACUCAAAAAUGCACUGCGUGAUCAUGCAACAGACAUAGAACUUCGAAAACUCGUUGACAGUGGCUUGAACCACUAUGCCAUUCUUUUCCGAAUGAAGGCAGAUGCUGCAAGGGCUGAUAUCUUUUACUUACUGUCUGGCAUAUGGAGAACACCAGUCGAACGCCAUUUUCAUUGGAUUGGUGGAUUUCGCCCGUCGGAGCUGCUAAAUAUUGUGUUGCCACAGCUUCAACCAUUGACUGAUCAACAACUUCUGGACUUCUAUAACCUGCAGCAAUCGUCACAGCAAGCGGAGGAUGCGCUAUCACAGGGAAUGGACAAACUGCAGCAGACUCUGGCAUUGAGCAUAGCAGCUGAUCAAAUGAGUGAAGGUAUUGGGUGUCAGAUGACUUCUGCACUUGAGAAGCUUGAAGCACUAGAGAGCUUCGUGAGCCAGGCAGAUCACCUUCGGCAGCAAACGCUGCAGCAAAUGUCUCGAAUCCUCACAACACACCAAGCAGCGGAAGGCUUGCUUGCACUGGGGGAGUACUUUCACCGGUUACGUGCCCUCAGUUCUCUAUGGACUACUCGUCCCCGUAAACCAACAUAGUCAGCUGCAACGUAUUCUCCGUAGUUAUAUGUAUUCUUUGUUCCAUUAGUAUGAACUUUUAUCUCCCUGUUUCAGAAGGUGUAACCGUGUAAAUAUGAAGAAGUUCAGUUCAUGAGUGUUACCUAUUCAUGUAGGUUUUCAAGUUAGGUCUCCAAUGAAUGUAGCAUAUACUAAGUUUCUCUAAGGGUAGCAUAUACUAAGUUUGUCGAGUUAUUAGAUUGUGGCCACAAUUGAUAUAUAUAUUCCUGUAUAUGGCCUGAUGAUUCUGAACAAUACAUCCACAUAAGUCAUGCAUGGAGGACCCGUUGCAUCCAACAAUUUUCUCUUUCGCGCGGGAAGGGUAAAAUAAACACUAAAACAAUAUGUUGGAAUUCCGAGAAUGCCAGGUUAAGAGUUGUUGUAUCAUAGUUUGGUCUCACUACUUAACCUAUGUACGAGGUGAGGAAGCCCUUGGUCUUUUUGUUUUUUGGGUCGAAGAGGAAGCCCUUGUUCUAUAAAGGGAGGAUCAUUUUAGGGAUGGCCCUUCAUAGCCUCUUUUACUCUAUCAAGGGCAAGAAGCCUUUAUGUCCAUUGUAACAUAUAUUUACAUAGUGAAACUGGAUCUACACCACAUGGAUGUAGACCCAACUCAGGAUGAACCAGAGUA